UCCAAAGAUUGAGUUAGGCGAAAAGAAAAAUCGGAAAAUAGGUACAUUUCGCAAACAAAGAAAAAAAAAAUGACACAAUUUGACCUCCAAACCGAUAUCUCAUAGCGGUCGACCCGUCGAGUGCAUGCUGCCCGUUUUUCUCACCGGGUCAAGGUCAAAGUGGGUCGACCCACGAGUUGACAACCUUGAAAACCAUCUCCGCUUAAUUGGCUCGCUCCAUCAAACAAUCAUCAAAACCAAACGAUUUUCCAUUUCACAAUCUAUCUCACGCGUCUCUAUGAGAAGUGAAUAAAGUGAUAACCAUCUCCGCUUAAUCGGCUCGCUCCUUUGUCAAAAAAAAAAAAAUCGGCUCGCUCCACCAGACUCACCGGCCACCGCCGCCGUGCGUCAUCGUACUUCCAGGCCUCAUCGUCCACCGUUCGUAAUCCAAUUAUUUCUCAUCGCAGCAGCUUGCUAGACUUUUUUCUUCUUCUUUUCGCCUUCUCCGUCGCUGUCUCCGUAAUUGCUAGCUGUAUAUAACCGCGGCCGCAUAACCGUGCGCAUUCACGCCUCCGCCGAGCGUCCCUACUUUCCGGCCAAAAUCAAGCUCCGCCACUUGCACAAGCAACGCAUGCUCGCUGAUUGAAAUUCGCUUGUGCACACGAGAAAGCUCACUUUCCGACGGUCUCUCAUAUUCCAAUGACGGAUAGGGCCCGGACAAGUGCCGCCGCUCCUUCACAACACCAGCGUUGUGCCAAGAGAUCUGAUGAACCGAGUGACAGGAUCAGUGAACUGCACGAUGAAAUCCUGUGUCAUAUACUGUCUUUCUUGACACUGAAACAGGCAGCCGCUACCAGCGUUCUUUCUAGUCGCUGGAGGUACCUGUGGCAUCCAUACAUUGCCUCGACUCUAAUGCUGCAGCAACCAAUGAGAGAGGAGCUAGAUUUCCACAGUUGCCUACUGAGCUUAGGUCAGCAUCAAAUAGCGGAUGGUGCUAACGAGAACAACUAGAGUUCCAAAACUCGGGGACGAAUUCAAUAAUAACUCUCUUUGCUUGACUAUAGAGUAUAAUGAUGUUAUCGGGUGCUGGGCUCUUUCUGUUCUCUCGGCGGUUGGUUCGAAAGCAUGAACUGUAGUUUCAGUAAGGCUUUGGACAAUGCAAGGCCCGACAAAAGUGAGUUCUCUAUACUUUACCAGCACGCCUUCUGGAUUGAGUGAUCCACUAUGGUUCUAUUUGGUCCUCACUCUAGAGAUUGUGUGAGUAGUUAGGAGAAAUCAUUGAGCAGCUAUUGUUAGUUAAUAUGUAUGGUCCUUAAGUCACCAGCAUUAAGUGACAUGAGCAAUCUUUUGUAUUUUAUAGUCGCUGGUCGGUCAAUGAGCUUUACAUACUCGGAUGCUUCUUGUUGUACUGAGUUAGAAUGAAUCGAGAUAUCUUUUUAUCUAAGGAUCCUUUUUUUUAAUUCAUGCUUCCCUAAUGCCUUCUGAGGGCUUCGUAACAGGGUACAUAGUGCCCCCAAUAGGGAUGGCUCAGAAUGAUUGCUUGAUUAAACCAAUCUCAAGGAAUUUGUAGCAGCCUUAAUACAUACUUGAUAUGGUUGGUGUUCUUCAUUUGCUGCUGUGAUUGAAGCAACAACUUACUUACAAAAGCUUGUGGUCUGUGUUAGCAAGCUCCACAGGAAACAAUUUAUAAGCAUCAGUUUUCAUUCUAUGUGUUCAUCUUCUGAUCGAUCCGCUCGCCAGGAAUCGGUUUUGGCUACAGUGAACCGAUAGUGACGAGUUCCUGACAUAACCAGAUCUAUUUUCUUGGUGUUUUCUUGUGCAGGCAUUGUUUUUCCUCUUCGCUAAGAAACAGAAGUGAAAUUGUGUAGCUUUGAGAGACUGUCCCAGCAGGCCGUGACACUUGGUAAGUGUUGAACUUUGAUGGGGAGCACUGUGUUUGUAAGUCAUGACAUUGAUCGAGUUCAUGCAGCAUCCCUUGAGAGGGCUUUAUACGGUAAUAAAUCGGAAAGUAGCUGACAAAGCAGAUCAGCUGAUAGGAGAGCAACAUCUUCAUUCCUCAAUUUAAGUUGGUGAUUCUCUGAUUCAAAGCAAAUCAGCUGCCUGACUUGCUGUUUGUGCUGCUUGUAGAUUUACUCACCCCCUGACAGAGUGUUAGGUCUACUGUUGUGCGGUUCAUUGUUCUCUCCAAGCAGACUAUCACCUUUUGUGAUCUUUCAUUCGACUGCUGUGUUUCCUUUAGCGUUUUGCUAAGCGUUCUGCUAAUCGAGUUGUCCAUUGAACAUGACAAAAUGCCUCUAGUUGUUUAUCUUAGGGUUGUCUUCUUUCGAUUUUUUGCUAUCUAAGUUUAAUAUGCAUGGGGAAAAUAAAACCUUGCACAUCAC